UAGAGGUGCGCUUUGAGGUUCACUUUCUCCGUGGCCGGGUGAACUUUAUAUCGAGCAUAUAUUAACACUUUGUGGCCUGUCUUUUUUUUCUUCAUCUAAGGCUGGAGGACUCCAUUUUGAAGGGACCGGGUGAGCUGCUAGACAACACAGCAACUCGUCUCAGGAAAGGAAACCCGCCUGUUUUUCCGGGGAGGAACCAUGCCAGCAUGAGUGGGCUGUACGCAGGCCCCGGCAGGGAGACUCACCAGUCCAGCUGCCCUUGGACCUCAGGCCGUGACCUCUCCGCCCACUCCAGCUCCUCCAGUCGCCAUGACCACAGGAUCAGUUUAACCAUGUCUGCCACCACCUCCUCCCUUAAGCAUGCCUCAAUCUAUGGCUUCAAUCAAAACGAUCACUCCUCCUCUCCUUCUUCGUCCUCCUCCUACAGCCCUCUCAGGAGGCUUCAACAUCUCACCACCAUGGUGAGCCAGCCCGACUUGGUCCUGCCAGUGAGAGAUCCAGAGAGGAGCUGGGAGUGGGGGGUGAGCAAGAAGGGGAAGGAGAGGGACUCUUGGACUGAUUGUACAAGCAGCGAUUAUUCUGGUCCAAACAGAGGGGAGAGUUUUGGUAGCUCAUCUGCUGGGCAACAACAACAAGAGGUCCAAACAGGAAGUACAGACACUUUAGCAGCCAAUCAGAGCACUUCUGUCUCCUCAGAAAAAAAGACUGAGGCUUGUUUUUCAGGCCCGCCAAGUCCGGCCUUUUCUCUAGACAGCAACAGCCCCUUUGCCAAUGGCUUCCUCCACUUUGAAUCCUCUUUGUUUGAGGAUGAUGAUAACGAUGAAGAACAGGAGGCUGCGUCACCUAUGAGAGGCUUACAGGACAAGCACGAGAGUGUGGGAAAUGUUGUUCAGUCAACUUCCAAGGAUUUAAAUACAGACUUUAAGGAUGUUAACACAUCGACCGCCAAGGUUGUCACCCGAUCCCAGUCGUCUGGCCAGCGCAGGAGAUACUGGGAUGGCUCGGAGGACGAAUGGGAGAGUGAUGCCGAGCUGUUUCUGUUUGAUGAUAGUCUCUCAAGGCCUUCAAUGAACAGCCUCAAGAAAAAGCCUUUGCCACCUGUGAAGUUUUUAGAGGGUGAAGUUAUUUGGGCAAAGUUCAACCGACGACCGUGGUGGCCGUGCGAGGUGAUCGUUGACCCCACACAGGGAACCUAUCACAGAGUGAAAGAGCCCAGUGAUCGGCCCUGUAGGCUCUACUAUAUCAGGACCUUUGGGGAGCCUGUGGAGGUAACCUGGGUGGAGGACAAAGCAACCAACCCUUUCUAUGGUGGCUUUGAGUUUGAACAGCUCUGCUUACUGCACCGGCGGGGGAAGCAAAGGGAUCAGAACAUCAGAUGCACUAUUCCAAAGCGCUUUCAGGACUCUUGGAAAACAAGCGUGGCUGAGGCAGAGUCUAUUCUUGAAGAGAGACCAAAAAUGGCUUCAUCUUCUUCUUUGUACAUCGAUGAAUCCUUCCUUCUUAGCUCAACACUAGAAACAUCGAAAAAAAGCCCUCCAACCUCUCCACCCCCUACUUCCCCUUCUCCUCUUGAGACAUCGCACAUGACAAAUGGUUCACUUUCAUCCCCAAUAACAACUCUAGCAAAGCCAAGCACUUUAAAGAAACCCCCUGGCAAGAAGAAAACGAGUAAAUUGUCAAAAGAAAGAAGUAAGAAAAACUCUAAAAAGACUUUACAUAGUAGCCCUGACCAAUCAGAUAGAGACAAUGGAGAGUGCCCGUAUUCUGACCUCGACUCAGUCCCCAAGAUUUUGUGUCCUAAAGCACUUGAACGUCAGCAAAAGUUGGUUCCAAGUCAGCCAUCUGUUACAGUUGUUAAAGAGACGAAGAAGCUGCCAGAGAUACAGAGCGGUCUUUGGUUCAGCAAAUCAGGCAAAGACAGACGACCCAAAACGACCAGCCCAAUGCCAGACAGAACUCUGUUUUGUAAAGUGCCCUGCAAGAAAAAGAGCUCAUCUGUCAUUGGUAAAAAGACACUGGCUCCUAGUGCCUCCUCAUCCAGUGGUGGGUCCUCUGACCCGUCAGGGUUGUCAGACAAACAAAAGACUGUGGCACCUGCUGAAACAAAUCCGCAACCUGAACCAUCGGGGUACUUGAAGUGUAAAAACACCCCAGUUGAAAGUAGGCCUCUUAGUACAAGUAGCAUUCCCACUGAGCAGACAGGACCAUCAGAAAAGCAGAAAUCUCCAACCCUUGUUGAGACCAGUGUGUCCUCUAACAAGAGGGGACAUUUAAAGGGAAAAAGGAUGGACAGUAACACAACAGAUACCACAACUGGACCAGCCUCUGACCAGUUUGGGAGCUCAAGUCUUAAAAAGUCUGUCGAGCCCUGUAAGACGGUCAGUUCAACUGACCAAUCUAGGUGUUCAGAGAGUCCAAAAAGUGCUAGUCGAACUGAAAAUUCAGACGCCAUGACAGAUAAAGAGGUCUGUGUAAAAGACAAACUAACAGAUAAAGAAGAAAAGAAAAAGACACCAGCACCCAGUAUAAAUGCUGAUACAGCUGAUGCAUUGGCAAGGCUAGAAAGGCACGCAAGUCUGGUCUCCAAGUGUAGGCUGCCUUUUGUUAAAUUGAUACGCAAGGAAAUAAAGGGUAAGAGAUUUCUAAACUCCAGUCUAACAAUAAGCUCUACUGAUGAACCAGUAUCAACAAAGACUGAAAAGACACCAGAUACUAAGGGGAAUGAAACUUCCUCUAAACAAUCAGAUUCUAUUUCUGAAAAAGAAAGUGUUUCCAUUGAUAAGGCAAUCAGUCCCGAACCUGAGAAAGUCUUAGUUAAAAAGUUAAAAUCAAAAUGUGGAAAGGAUAGUCUUCCUCUCUCAGAUUCAACAAGUAGUGAGAAGGACAUUCCUUCUCUCUCAGAUUCAUCACAUAAGACGACUGUUGAUGUGUCCAGUGUUUCAAUUAUUCCCGAUACGUCAGGUAGCCCUGAAGUGGAAAGGAUGCCUGCUUUAGAUACAAGCCCAAAUGAUAAGACUUCCUUAUCCUCCAACCAGUCAGACCAGUCAGAAUGUAAAACAACUUCCACUUCUAUCAUAACAAGUCUGUUCUCUGACAAGUUUAGCACCUCAAAAAGAAAGACCACUUCAAUCUCUAGUAUAGUUUUUCAUUCAACCUCUCCACCUUCCCAUCGGCAGGGGCAUUUAGUAUGUAAGAAUGCUCCCCUGUCAGAAAGCCUGUCUUCUGAGAAAUCCAAGAAAGUCAUCCAAAAUUUAAAGAAAAUUCCAGAUAAGGUGAAUAAAGUUGUUCUGCAAGAGCAGCCUGCUCACCUCCCUGCUAGUGGUCGGCUGAUGACCAAAGCCCUGAAGGCACAAGAGGAGGUAGAGCAGCAGAAGCGUGAAAAGGUCCAAAAAAAGGACCUUGUGUGCCAAUCUGGGGAUAACUCUCCUGUGAGUCCUGGGACCAAACUUAAAUCCGACUGUAAAGACAAAGCAGAGUAUGAUCAAGACAUGUUUUCUAGCUUUGAAACUUCCCCCGUGACAUCUCAGUCAGUUGACAUUGAAACUGAUGUCAAGAGUGAAGAUGAGGACCUUUCGAUAUCUUCAACUCCACCAAUGGACUUCAUACCCCUAACUUCAAGGUCAAGGUCAAAGAAGGAGGAUCAGUCCACAGAUUUACACUCUCCAUCAUCACCAUCCUCACCAUUUUCUUUUAUGAAUGCCUUUAAAAACGUAGAGGAAGUAUCUUUCCAAUCUCUGUCAAAUGAAAGCAAUGGCAAACCCAUUUCUUUCAAAGCAGACACAAACUACAAAUUCAGCACUUUUCUCAUGAUGCUGAAGGACCUGCAUGACACUAGGGAGCGAGAAGGGACCCCUUUGGAACUGGAAAUUGGGCCGCCAAGUGCUCAUGUGAAGGAGGAACCAUUAGUGAUGCCAGGAGAGACUACACCAGCAAUUCACAAUCAAGCAGUGGAAAACGUCAGCAACCUUUCAGAUUCCAGUCCAGACAAAAUUGAAAUCGUACACGAUGUCAAAACAAAUCAAAUGUCAAAGAGACCCUGUAAUAGAAGGGGUGGCUUCAUUGGGGGGAGAAAGAAAGCCAGUCGCAAAGUGCCUUGUCAUCCUGCCAGGUCUGGACCUGGUGUCCCAGGCCUGGAGUCCCCAAGAUCUAGGGACUCUGCAUCAUCAGUGGAUUGCUCUUCAAGAGUUCAGUCCCUGUUGGGCUUUGAGACCAGCAGCUGGGAGAGGCAGAGUGGAGGAAGUGAAGGAGUCGUUGAGGACAUGGAAGAAAGUUGGAGCAGACUACAUGAGAAUCUACAAAACAUGGUGCCUUUGGAACAGAGGGGAUGCAGCACGACGCCGGGUCUAGAAAAGCCUAACGGCCUUGUUGCAGACUACACUGAGACAAACACAAGCUUGAUGCACAACACUGGAGAGGGUGACAAUUCAGCAAGAGCUCAUAAACGAAUAAGAAAACCGAGCAAGAGGCUGAUUGAGUGGACAGAAGAGUAUGAUCAGAUUUUCUCCAACAGGAAGAAAACCAAAAAGCCUCUCCAGUUAAUUGGAAAGGCCACCCAGCCUGUUACGCCUACGUCUGAACUCCCAGAAUAUGAGAAGGACACACAUGAGCACCCAUCACUGGACUUAAUCCCUGAAAUACAGACUCCCCCUCCAGAAGAAAUUGCUGCAACGCCCUCUGAACUACAGAUACCUAGUACAGAAAACAUGUCAACCCAAGAGGCACCGGUGCUUUCCAUCGACACACUAACCCCUCCUCCUGAAGCUGAUUCAUCUACAUCAGAAGGGCUCGUCAAAGAUAACGGAAAUGCUCCUGUGUUAGGGAAGAAGAGGAAGAGGAAACCCACUCAGAAGAUCCUGGAGUACUGUCUGGAGGCUGAGGCAUUGCCAGUCCAUAAGAAGAAGGUCAAAGCACUGAAGAACAACUUUAACUCUGCUCCUCAAUCAGAUUCUGCAUCGUCUUUAAAAUCAAAAAGUAAACAUCAAACAGCCUUCAGCUCCACUCCAACAACUACAGAGUCUCUCCCCUGUACGCCUGCCUCCUCCGCUCAGACAGACCCUCCUCCUCCUCUUCCUGCUCACACCACUCAGGCACCGACCCCGCCUGAAUCCACCUGGACAGAGAUGGCAGACUUUGAAGCUUCUCAAACAGACGACUUUAAAGAUGAAGAGGCCAGAAAGGACACAGUAGAGUCAGAGGGUGACCAAUCCAGCUUGGAUCACAGCUUCUCCUCCAUGAAGGAUGAGCUGUCGCUGUGUGAUGACCCACUUUUACCCUCAAGGAAGAUUAUUGGGGACCGAGGGGGUCCAGCUUCCAUGAAGGAGAACAUCUGCCAAGUGUGUGAGAAGACAGGGGAGCUGCUGCUUUGUGAGGGUCAGUGUUGUGGAGCUUUUCACCUCGCCUGUAUCUCUCUGGCCGAAGCGCCUAAAGGGAAGUUUGUCUGUCCAGAGUGCAAAUCAGGCGUCCACACCUGUUUUGUGUGUAAAAAGCGCAGUGAGGAUGUGCGGCGCUGUAUGAUUCCUGUGUGUGGGAAGUUUUAUCAUGGGGAGUGCAUCGCCAGCUUUGCCCCCACCGCACCUGUGAACCGAGGCUUCCGCUGUUCGAUCCACGUCUGUCUCACUUGCUUCAUCGCCAACCCCAACAGCUCUUCCAUCUCCAAAGGUCGUCUAGUUCGAUGUGUUCGCUGCCCGAUAGCGUAUCAUGCUACAGAUCUCUGCAUGGCCGCUGGCUGCGUCGUCCUCUCCAACAACAGCAUCAUCUGUCCGAACCACUUCACCCCACGCCGCGGCGUCAAGAACCACGAACAUGUUAAUGUCAGCUGGUGCUUCGUCUGCACAGAAGGGGGCAGUCUACUGUGCUGUGAGUCUUGUCCUGCUGCAUUUCAUCGAGAGUGUCUGAACAUGGAGAUGCCAAAAGGCAGCUGGUACUGCAACGACUGCAAGGCUGGAAAGAAACCUCGGAUCAAGGACAUCCUCUGGGUGAAGGUGGGACGGUACAGGUGGUGGCCAGCAGAAGUCAGUCAUCCCAAAACAAUCCCAGAGAACAUCCAGAGGAUGAGGCAUGAUGUCGGGGAGUUUCCCGUUCACUUCUUUGGCUCCAACGACUACCUGUGGACGUACCAGGCGCGAGUCUUUCCUUAUAUGGACGUGGAUGCCAACAGCAAAGAGAAGAUGGGGAAAGGCGUUGAUGCGACGUACAAGAAAGCACUAGAGGAGGCAGCUGUACGAUUUAGGGAGCUGCAGGCAGAGAAGGAGCUCCGACAGCUUCAAGAGGACAAAAAGAACGACAGGAAGCCUCCUCCUUACAAACAUAUAAAGGUGAAUCGACCAAUAGGAAAGGUUCAGAUCAUUACAGCUGACCUAUCAGAGAUCCCGCGGUGUAACUGUAAGGCGACAGAUGAGAGUCCGUGUGGGAUGGACUCAGAGUGCAUCAACCGCAUGCUGCUGUAUGAAUGUCACCCACAGGUUUGUCCAGCUGGUGAGCGGUGCCUCAAUCAGGCAUUCACAAAGCGUCAGUACAGCCAGGUGGAGAUUUUCAGGACGCUUUCUCGAGGCUGGGGGCUCCGCUGUGUCCACGACAUCAAGAAGGGUCAGUUUGUGAGUGAGUAUGUCGGGGAGAUGAUUGACGAGGAGGAGUGCAGAUCGAGGAUCAGACAUGCUCAGGAGAAUGACAUCGGUAACUUCUACAUGCUCACACUGGACAAGGAUCGAAUCAUCGAUGCUGGGCCAAAGGGAAACGAGGCUCGCUUCAUGAAUCACAGCUGUCAGCCAAACUGUGAGACACAGAAGUGGACAGUGAGCGGAGACACCCGGGUGGGACUGUUUGCGCUCGUCGACAUCGCUGCAGGCACAGAGCUCACCUUCAACUAUAACCUGGAGUGUUUGGGGAACGGGAAGACGGUCUGUAAAUGUGGAGCAUCGAACUGCAGCGGGUUCUUGGGUGUCAGGCCAAAGAACAAUCCUCCGUCUGAUGACAAAGGUCGUAAGUUUAAGAGGAGGGGGAAGAGGAAGAACAAGGCAGUGCUGACCAAAGAACGAGAAGACGAGUGUUUCAGCUGUGGAGAUGGAGGGCAAAUGGUUUCCUGUAAGAAACCCGGAUGUCCCAAAGUUUACCACGCCGACUGUCUCAACCUCACCAAGAGGCCUGCAGGUCGUUGGGAGUGUCCAUGGCAUCAGUGUGACAUAUGUGGAAAGGAGGCGGCCUCCUUUUGUGAGAUGUGUCCCAGCUCAUACUGUUCCCAGCACCGUGAAGGCCUCCUCUUCAUCUCCAAGCUGGAUGGGAAGCUGUGCUGCAGCGAACAUGACCCUUGUGGGCCCGAACCUCUAGAGCCUGGGGAGAUCCGGGAGUAUAACCCCCAACCCAGAGCCCUGACCUCGGGCCUGGGCAUGGCCGUCAUCCCGUCUGCUUCUCUAAACACUACAAACAGUCUGAACCCGGCCAGCAGGAGCAGCCAGGAGAUCAGCUCCUCUGAGUCAAUUCCUGCUUUUUCCAUCCCUGUGCCCAUCACCAUCCCCGUCUCUGCUCCUCCCUCCUCACCUCCACCAAGCAGCCCUGAUCCUCCCAGCAGCCCACACGUAUUCGACCUCCCUCACUACUCCCCAAUCUCCUCGUAUGAAGAGGAGAGAGAUGUGCUCGAGGAGGAGGAGGAGGAGGAGGAAGAAGAGGAGCUGCUGGCAGAAGUGGAGGAGGGCGAGGAGGAUUCAGCUGAUGAGGGGGAGGAAGGGAGGGAGAAAUCGGAUGAAGAGGAGGGAGAGGUGAUGGAUGAGGUGGGGCUGGAAUACCUGGAGAUUAAAGAUGAAGAGGACGAUGAUGAGGAGGAAGAGGAGGAUGAUGAUGACGAGGAAGAAGAGGAGGAGGAAGAGGAGUGACACACAACUGUGUUUUAGCAACAGAUGAUUUUAAAUCAGGAGAAGAAAAUAAAGAUAAGCAAGUCUGAUUAUAAAGAAGCCCUGUCUGUCACUGCUUCUGCAAUCAGGCAGAUGUACGGAGGAAUUUUUAGGACAAAACUAAAUAAAAAAGUUCUUAAAACAAAAGUCUAAUUAAAAAGUAAACCUUUAUAGAGUCAUAUAUACAGAUACAGAUGUAUUUCUUUAGUGUAAGUUUAGUUUUGUCCUUCUUAUUCCUCUGUUCUCCUUGACCUCGGUACACAUGCUGUAGAAAAACAACGGUUCAUGACACUUCGCUCACACUGACUUGACUGCACCUUUAUAUAAGCUCUAUACCUAGAAAAACAAGUGAAACUACUAUACAGAACUCUGUUGGCAUAUUUCACUACAGUUUGUUUUUGUUCCACACAUUUUGAACAGUAAAAACUGACAGUUUGUUUCUUUGGUACAAUUUCAAGUAUCAAAUCUGUCAACAAGCAGAUGUGUUAAAGCUUUAUGAGGCUGGAGACGGUUUCAGGUGAGAGGUUUCAAGCUAGAAAUGAAAGUAAACUGUAGCGUCAUGUAAAAGUUUAGUGUUUGGUCUUCAAUCGAAAAAAUGACCUUAACUUUGGUGCAUUUGAAGGCUUACUUUGUGACCUUCAGUGCAGAUUUUAAGACCAAAACAAAUGCACUCUUUAGGUACACCUCCUUCAUCCCUUAGCUCCCCCUCCUCCACUCUUUUACAAGCCUUCCCUCUCCUGAUUAAGUGUCUGUGAGACAACUGCUGGUAAUCAUUCAGAAACAAGACUCUGCAGUUCAUUUCUAGUGACCAUAUGCAUCUCAUUGUUGCUUUGGUUGCACCUAAGACAAUUUAUUCUUUGAUUUGUAGGCCUGUUGGUCCGCUGCUUCUCCCUUAGGUGUACUCUUGCAGCAACACUAAGUUAUUUUCUCCUAGAAACGCUGUCCCUGAGUGGACCUACAGCCCUGAAUUGCACAAAGCCAAUGUGUCCCUCCUCAAAAAUAUAACUACAUAUCUAAACGCCAGUAAUCCAUGUGAUUGGUUGGCUAGUUAGCACUGAUGACUGCCACUCUUGGUCUGUAUGUUCUAUAGAGCAGUGGUUCUCAGCUGGUGUUGUUGGGACCCUCAAUCGGGUUGCACAGCUUUUUUCAAGUGGGUCACAAAUGUGUGCCAGGAAAAGAACGUUAUGCUACGAAGUCUAUCAUGUGCAACAGCCCUAAGUGGACAGUACAUGUGUAUUUGUUUUAGGUUGCCCUGAAGUAAGUAUUUAUCUCCUUUUCCUGGAUAACAAAGCUGGUUUCCCUAAGAUUAUUAGAAAAUUCCUCAAGAACUUCCCAAAUUUUCAUGCUAUCUUGGGAAAAAAUUGAGUAAAAUGCAUGCACGUCCUUGUCUUGAUGUCUUUGUUCAACCUUGUUUUGUUUUAUUUUUUUCAUUAGGGUCCAACCUAUAACCUUUUUUUUUUUAGUUUAACAUUUAAAUGGUCUCAUUUAAUUUGGGUCGCAAUUUCUCAUAGGGAGGUAGUAGUGGAUCCUGAUGCUCGACCAGCUGAGAACCACUGCUGUAGAGUAAGACAAAUGGCCGUAGGCAACAGCACUAAUAGUCAGAUCUACUUUCAGACAUCUGAAAAUAUCAGGGGAGCAUUUCCAUAUUCAUGUCUCUCUCCGUGACUGAACAAGUAAAAAAACGGCCCCAUCUGCCUUUUCUUCUGUGCAAUAACUGCAGUUUAUUUAUUGACUCUAACUGCAGAAUAGUAGGCUCUGUUUGUACACAAACAAGUCAGGAAUGUAGCGAUGAGAUCAGGAUCUGGCCUAAAUAUUGCACUGCUGAAUGGUUUUUGGGCUGAGUAUUGCAGAGUGAGAACUCCACUAAAGCAUAGGGUUAAUGGUUUGACAGUUAAGCUUUACACUAGGGAUGUCCCUAAUUUUGCAUCUGCAAAUUAUGAUUUUGUAUAGCAGGCUAGUCCAAAGUCAAGAAAACUCUUUCUGUAAAUAGGUUUCACUCCGUAUUGAUGCAGAAUUGGUUUGUAGAAUGUGGCUAAAGCUGAAAGCGCUGCUACCGCCAGCCUUCGAUCUAACCUGACACACUAGAUGGAUUUGUUUCACACAUCCAUCAGGGAAAGCUUCAAUAGGAAACGUUUGGGAAAAGACAGAGGCUUUGAAAAAAACUC